AUGGCUGAUAAAUUUUGCCAUGGCAUGACAAUAACUCUCAUCAGAAUGACUUGGCUAGAUAGCUUUAGUUACUGUAGCUUAGCCUCUGAAGACAGUAUACCCUAUUUAGCUGACGGCGGAUACAGAGGUUGGGUUGGUGGGAUUUAUUUAAACUCACAGUGGAUGGUUCAUAAAGGAUGUCAUAUCAAUUCUGGAUCAAUGAAUAGUAAUGGUGUCUAUGAUAUUAAAAGGUUAACACCAACACUUUGUUCAGAGAAAUGUAAAAUGGACAAAUAUUUUGCAAUGAAAUACAACUGGUGUCUUUGUCUACUUUCUCUUUACAAUUUGGACGAAGUUAAUUCGUCAAAGUGCACGUACAAAUGCGCAGGUUCAAACCAUAAUGUAUGUGGAGAAAGAUCUCAUUAUACGGUAUACCAGCACAUUAUUGGUAAAUCCAAACCCAAGCCUGAUGUCGAUCAAAGAUUUGCCUGCUCUGUUAUUAUGCCUCGAAAUGGUACGUUUGUACUAAAAGCUGUAGACUGCUCUUUAGAAGAAUACUGGACAGCAUGUGUAACAAAUGGAGGUAAAUCUUCUCAAGAAAAGUUAGGAUACAUAUUGUCCUUCCUGAUUCAAUAG